AUGCCUGACUUCACGGAUAAUCUCCGCCCAGGCCAACCGGAUGGGCCAACGACACUAGCCCGGGAGCGUCAACAAUCCAACAUCGCCACUGAAGAGCUAGGGAAGCAUUUGCUGGCUUCAGAUGGAUUUUUGGAACGGCAAGCUCGGAUCCUGCCUAUCAUCCAAAAAGAGCCACUUUUCUCCAAGGACCAGCAACAAAAUCUCUCCAGACCGGAAAGGUUCAAGCUGGGAGUUGCACGCGCAAAACUAUUACGCCGAAUGAGAGACGCGCACAAAUGGAGUUACCUCGAAUAUCAAAUGGCUGAAUACCUGGUCGACGACGUGUCGCCUUACUUCCUGCACAUGGAGAUGUUCAUCACGACCAUCCGCGAACAGGCAAACGAGGAACAGAGGGCGUACUGGCUGCCCCUGACCGAGUCUUGGAAGAUUAUUGGUGCAUAUGCACAGACAGAACUGGGCCACGGGAGCAAUGUCCGUGGCUUAGAGCUUGAGGCGCGUUGGGAUGGCCGGACUAAGGAGUUCAUACUGCAUAGCCCGACCCUUACGGCGAGCAAAUGGUGGAACGGUAGCUUGGGCCGUUUGGCCAACCACACUAUUGUAGUUGCGCAAUUGCUUCUCCCGGACCCUAGCUCACCGGGUCAAUACGUUUCGCAUGGUCCUCAUCCGUUCAUUGUGCAAGUGCGGGAUAUGAAAACACAUCAACCGUUGGACGGAAUUGUUGUUGGAGAUAUUGGUCCGAAAUAUGGCUAUAUCACUAUGGACAAUGCGUAUAUGCUGUUUAACCAGUUCAGAAUCCCACACUCUGCUAUGCUAUCACGAUACUCAAAUGUCGACCCUAACACAGGGGUUUAUACUAAGCCAGAACAGCCAGCUCUGAUCUAUGGAUCACUGACAUAUGUGCGGGCGAAUAUGGUCCACCGCGCGAGACUCGUUCUCGCACGGGCAGUCACCAUUGCAGUGCGGUAUAGCAGCGUGCGACGCCAGUUCCAAGACCGGGACGGCGACAAGAAGGGACCGGAGAUGUCUGUUUUGGACUAUCCAACGGUCCAAAUUCGGAUCCUGCCUCUCCUUGCUACGACCUUUGCACUUCACUACACAGGUCUUGCCAUGCAGGCAGUCUAUCAAAACGCACGACAGGAUAUUGAGAAGGGGAAUUUCAAUUCUUUGGCUCACAUGCACAGCAUGUCUUCCGGAUUGAAGAGUUUGUGCACUAUCCUCGCUGCGGAUGGCAUUGAGACAUGUCGACGUGCCAUGGGCGGCCAUGGGUUUGGUGGCGGGAGUGGCUUAAUCCAGAUCAACAGCGAUUACCUCUCCAAGCCCACUGUUGAGGGUGAUAAUUGGAUGAUUACGCAGCAGGUGGCGGCGUAUUUGAUCAAAAAGAUGACUGCUGCUGCUAAGUCGCCUGAUACUGCCGGUAUUGAUGAGACCGAGGAUAAAUUCAAAGAGUUUAUUCGCAACAAGCGCCGCUCAGGAUCAGAACAGCAGACAUACAAUAUCUUAAACAGUGAUUUGGACAUUGUUAAGAGCUUCGAGCGUCGAGCUACUGCUAUGGCAUACGACGCAUACGAACAGAGAGUCAUCAAAAAACAGAACUGGAACAGCCUUCUCAUCCAGCUUCACAAACUAAGUCGAGCCCAGUCCGAGUCGAUCAUUGUCACGACCUUCUUUGGGGCCCUCUCCAAUGACAAAACCCUCUCAACACCUAUCAAAACCGUCCUAUGGGACUGUUUCCGGCUGUUCGCAUUAUACAGCAUGGAGAACGAAAGCUUCGAAUUCUUCCGCUCCACUGCCGUCGCCCAAGCAGAUCUGAAUAACCUAGCCAGUCGAGUCCAAGACCUAAUGGCGCGUAUCCGGCCACAUGCUGUGAAGCUGGUUGACUCAUGGAUGAUCCCUGAUUACUUAUUGGACAGUGCACUGGGUCGACAUGAUGGCCGUGUUUAUGAGGAUCUAUUUAAUCGUGCUCAUCGGUUGAAUCCGCUGAACCGGAUUACUUUUAACCCAAAUUAUUGGGAAGAUGAGAUUGUCAAGGGGAGUGGGGAUAACGGGGGUAGUAUUUUGUCGAAGUUGUAG